GCAGGAUGGUGAGGAGUGGAGCUUUAUCAAUGCUUGUGUUGAUGGUAUAUCAUACUGCAGCUGACCUACCCCACAACGACUGUGGUGAGCCUCCGCCGUGUGCCAAUACGUACAGGACAUUUCCGGAAAACAACACUGUGGAAUACCGGUGUAUAGACACCUACUUUAUAUCAUCAGGGGACCUAGUCCGGCAUUGUGUCAACGGAAAGUACAAUGGCACCUGUCCAGUUUGCACACUGGACUGUGGGCCUCCUCUUAACACAAGCUACGCCAGUAUAAGCUCUACAGGAACUAAAGCAGGAGACAAGGUGACGUACACCUGCCCCGACGGUUUCCUUGUACCCUCAACAGACACUGAAUGCAGUGGAUCAUCUGGGACCUGGUUGGCUGGGGACAGAUGCUUUGCCAAUAGCACUCUAGACGUUGCAGCGUUCACCGCAGUACAGACGUCCACAGCGACUUUGGACGACAUCCUCAACACUACAACCGUGCAUCUCCCACUGCCGACUAACCCUGUAUUCAGUGCUGCCUAUGCUGUGGAUCCAACAAAACUGGGAGUUAGUCUUGCCAACGGCGACUGUAGCAGCACUGCACGUGAGCAACGUCCUCAUAUGAACGUCACUUUGGGCAACUUCUAUGACGUCUUUCGAGUAGCCGUGACACUACCGGACGAUGACUUUGCCUACUCGCUACCCAACCUGGCAGUGAAGCUUCAAAACAACCCCGCGCACAGGUGGCAUACCUGUAUGAAACACACGGCCAUCAUACCAGUGGGGUCCAGGUUCGUUGCUACAUGUACGGGUCAACGGUACCCAGGGUUUGGGAAGUAUCUACAACUUGAGGUGGAUUUUGGAGACAAUCCUGGCAUGUUACAGAUAUGCCGGAUUGAGGUAUAUGCCCGGCCCUUAACGUCAGUUGACUGUGGUCAACUACCUCAACGUCCGUUCUCAGUGAUAACUAGUCGUCCGUCAACCACGCACUACAAUCGGGCUGUGGAGCGCGUGACUUACGAAUGCAUAGAGGGCUAUAGCGUCAAAGGUGGUCGGAUAUUAAGUCACUGUAACGUCAACGGCUACUGGACCGGCUCAAUCGUGUGCACAGCUGAUGACAACCUCGCACACGACAAACCGGUAUCUCUGACAUCCCACGACUCCGUGGACGUUUCACCACUGACGGAUGGAAACACGUCAUCGUGUGUUGUGACACACAACGUGACCGAGAGCACUGUGGUCAUUGAAUUGGGAAGUGAUGUCGAGGUUGGGGAUGUUUCCAUAACAUAUUUUGCGACGAAAACCGAUUUCCUGUUAUCAGCGCGACGGUGUGGCGUGAGGGCUACGCUAACUCAUCCUGUACACCAAACAGCUUCAACUCCUACCUCGGAGCGACUGCAAACGUCCAGUGCCCCAACGUCCCUGUAG